GUUUGAUCCAAUCCGCGCCUGCCGUAUCGAAACGCUUGCGUUUCCUGAGCUGCGCAUGCUUAGUAAAAAAAAAAUAUCUACACUGCUUGGACGAUUGUGCUUCAGGUUUUUGGAGGUUUUUCCUAAGCUUGGUUUUUCUUUUUCCUUGCUCGCACAACUUAUUUUUCAAAAUUACAUUACCCAAAUUAAGGUUUUAAAGCGAGUAGUUUCUGAUCAUGGCUUCACGUGCUGGUCCCCGGGAAGCAGGAACAAAUGGCAGUGACUUCCAGCACCGUGAGAGGGUAGCCUCCCACUACCAAAUGAGUGUGACACUGAAGUCUGAGAUCCGUAAGCUGAACUAUGCCCACGUGCUCCUCUGGCUCCUGGUUGCAACUCAGGUGACCGUGAGCUACUUGAAGCUGGUUUCUCACGAUGUGGUGGCCUCGCCGUACCAGUGGGAGUACCCUUACCUCUUGAGUGCCAUUCCCACCGUGUUCAGCUUUAUGUCCCUUCCCCGAAACAACAUCAGCUACCUGGUGAUCUCGAUGAUCAGUGCCGGGCUCUUCAGCAUCGCUCCACUGAUCUACGGAGGCAUGGAGAUGUUCCCUGUGGCCCAGCAGCUCUACCGGCACGGCAAGGCCUACCGCUUCAUCUUCGGCUUCUCGGCCGUCUCUGUCAUGUAUCUGGCGAUGGUGAUUGCAGUGCAGAUCCAUGCUUGGACGCUCUACUACAACAAGCAGCUGCUGGACUCCUGGUUUACCUCCACCCAAGAGAAAAAGAAGAAAUAAAGAAAUCAAAAAGGAUCUACUCGCAUUACUUUUUUUAAAUUAUUAUUGUUUGAGCUGAAUUAACAGAUUUUUUUUUUAAACUGUUGUAUACAGCAGAUCAGUUGGCUCCCCUUCCUCCACUAAACACUAUGUAUUUAUCUUUUUGCAAGAAAGCCACAAAGGCAGCACACACACACAGACUCCAGUUUUUCUGGGAUUGAUGUGUAUUCUGAAAGUGGAACUGCUUGGUGGGGCUGUCCUUAUGGAAGCAUGUAGCUGGACCAUAAAGAAUGAUCAAACUGAGCUCUAGCUUGGACUACAACUAUCCACCUUCUUCAGGCUGCUGCUUUACAGACCAGGAGAAACAUCGGUGUGUAUUUUAACGUAGUUGUUGUCUUGUCACUCAAAGUUGACAGACUUGCAAACUGGGACAGUGUUUUAUGACCAACUCAUUUUGUGAAAUCUUAUUGAGUACUGUCAUUGUAUUUAAAAGUAAAAAUCAUUUUGGACAACCUUUUUAGUUUAAUUUGAAUAUCCUAUGCCUCAGUAAUGUAGGCUAGAUCCACAAUGUGAUGGUCUUGACACCAGAAAGAAGGCUGUUUGAACCACAUCUGUAAUCGUUCUGGGGAAAAAUACUUAAAUAAAAACAUAAUAAUGACCGUCAUAA